ACUAAUGCCCUUCAAACACAAUUCAGAUUCUAAGCAAAUACUGGAAGAUUUAGCAACACUAUCCUCUGGAUUUUAUAUAAUUAUUUUUGUCCGACACAAGUUAAUCCUCCAAUUUAGAGUAAGAACAGUUCAGGCUGCGUCUUCAAACAUGCGUGUCGGUGAUGUGCUUCUGUGUGCUACAGGGGUCGGCCUAGUGGACUUGGCAGACAAUGGAGCUCUGGCUGUGCAAAAAGAAACCCUCUAAAAUAUAAAUGAGGAAAUCUACACCUGUUUCCAAGUAACCAAGGCAGGUAUUGUGAACUGUGACGAAUGCCAGCGAGCGUGCGUACACACUGGCUGUUGGGCUUUCAUGCACGCGCAGCACCAUUUCCUAGUUUCACCUGUGCCGACGCCGUGCUGGGACGACAGCUGCUGCUAACCUGGUCGUCUUGAGGGAACGGGACUAAAACGCUCAAAGGAGGAGUAUGAAAAUCCUUCCACGUCGGCUCUGAACAAGUUUUCUGUGUUUUACUGUCUCCUGAGAGUUUCCCCCACAUGGGAACAGGUGUGCCGAGGCCCCACUGAGACGUCCCGGAAGGCUGGAAGAGGAGACUUGGUGGAGGGUGGGCGACUUGGAGCGGCGGAGGUCUUCGCAGGUGUUUCCUCUCUCGGGGCUGAGCGUUGGUUUGUGCAAACAUGAAUCCCAUGUGGAAGACUUACAAAAGCAAAGUGAUGAAGACUCUGAAUCCUGAGUAUGACGAGGACACGGCAGAGGAGGUCACAGAGGUGGAACAUGACAUGAGUCCGAUCCAGGAGGACGAAGGGCCCAAUGCCGUCUCCCAGCUGGCCAGAAAGAUGCAGGGGGCUGGGGCCAAAAGCUGGAACAGGUUUUCGUCUCUCUUCAACAAAGAGGAUGAGCAUCAGCUUCUGGAGGAGACUGAGAGCCCGCCAGUCGCUGACCAUCCCCUCGCAGUAAAACCUGAAGAACCUCCUCGACCAAACAGACGCACGGGAUUCUGGGAUAGCUUUGCGACCAACUGGGCUGCAAAGAAGCAGGCCGAAGCUGCUGCUGCCGCCUCGGCUGAAAGCGAGGGGGCGGCAGAGGCAGGAGAAGAAGGGCCGGCACAGGCCGCUGUGGAGGAGCAGCAGGACGGCCAGGCCGCUCCUGGAGAGGAGACGGAGGCAGGAAGCAGCAGCAGCAGCAAUAACAGCUUCUCUAAGUACGUCUCCCUGGGAGGAGGAGGAGGAGGCGGCGAGGAAGCAUCCUUUAAGUGGAACUUUGUUACCAACAAGCUGGCAGAGCUGAAGACCAAGGGUAUGGUGAAUAAGACCGACUGAUGACUUCAAAUGCCUCCUAACAUCCUUACAAAAGGUUUCAGCAAAUUAUAUUUAGCUUAACUCGCUUCAGGUUAAUGCCAUCUGAUUUUUUUUCAGGUUUUAAAGGUAAAACUGCAAUAAAACUUUUUUUCUAACCAAUGAAUCUUGAAAGAAGGGAUGCUAUGAGUAUAACUUGUCCUGGACUGAAUAUUAAACUACACCAAUACCAAGCAGAAUAAAUGUUUAGGGGCUGCUCAUUUAAAAAAUGAAAGAAGCCUAAAUGUUAAUCCUGUAACAAAUGAAUUUUUGCCUCAGUAAGGGGCAGGUUGCUCUGUGUAUGUUUCUC